GUUUCUUUUCUCAACGAGCUUCCAACAAUAAAGAGGUACAUGUAGAUCAACAAACCAAGCCCCAUUCACAUGCGACGAAAGAUAAGAUAUCCUUAGUCAAUACGUUGUUUGCACCAUGAGUUUACAGGAGAUGCAAAAUGAGAUAGAAACGGCGACAAUCGUCACCAAGCAGCUAGAGUUGGAAAAGGAACAACCAAGCACCCGUCCUAGUGGUGGAAGUUUUUCAACAAAGGUUCGAAGUGGAAUUCGACGAGAGCUCUCGGCUUUCAGGAAGGUCCUGGAGGGAAGCAAGUCAAGGUUGCAAGAGUUGCAAGACAUGCAAGACAAGCUGGAGCAAAUGGAAGAGGAACCGGCACUAUCUCCCAAAAAACGAUCCAGUUCCUUCAAGAAAAGAGACUCUAGAAAAUCGCCACAUUGGUUACCGUCCCUUGGACGCAGAAAGAAGUUCUUCGACGAGGACAUCAAGGACGUUGAAGAAGACUCUCGGCAACCCGAGGAGCAGCGAGAGCCUACGACGGAAAACGAUAGAGAAGGAGCUGAAGAGAUGGAUAGAGAAGGAGCCGAAGAGAGGGAUGCACCAUCAGGUGGCAAUGCUCUUACAAUGCUGGAGCAAGUCAACAAAGAAGACAAUGGAGAGAUUGAAGCUCUGUCCAAUCCAAAUGAAGAUGCGCUUGAUCCCAGUUUGGCGAUGCGUGAAUCUUUGUUUCGUACCACCCUGCAAGCUCGUGCAUUAGCCCUGAAAGCCAACCGUCCUACAGUAUCGAGCAACCCCUCCAUCAAGUCGAAGCCCACUGGCACUGACGGCGGCAGCGAACAGGGCAAUAUCGGAGAGUCUGAGAGUUCAACACGCCCCGGUGGUGAAUCCUUGACUGAGUUUGCGAACCGUCUGGAGAAAUCCAUUCGCAUGAUGAGGACAUUCGACUUGAUAGAGGAAGACUCAUCAGAAGGCAACCGGAAGGUUGCCACUAGUGGUGAGGAGGCAUCAAGUCCAGAAGCAGGUACCGAUGACCCGCUUGCUGUAUCGAAUGCUUCGAGGGCUGCGGGAUCUGCCAAUGACAGUAAGAAUGGAUCGGAAACUAGGAGAUCAUCUAGCAGACAUAAAGCAAAGUGGGGACCAAAAUUCAAGAAGACCUUCAGCUUGAUUAAGAGCAAGCACAGCAGAACAAAGGCUCCGUCUCCUCAUUCUGAUAUGACUACAGGUGAAGGUAGCGCCUCAUCAGAGGUGACAGACCUUGUCAAAACAUUGGAUGAUGCUGUUCAGAAGCUACAAGAUGCUGCUGGGAACACAGACUUGAAUGCUGCUACUGGCGGUGACAGAAAGGAUGAGAUUGGUGCAUCUGAGGAUAACAAGGACAAGAACGAUGAGAUUGGUGACAAAAAAGGCAAGAACGGUGAGAUCGGCGAAUCUGGAACCAGCGUCAUUGAUGAUAUUGUCGCAUCUGACAACGGCAGCAAGGUUGAGUCACCCCAUAAGGUAAAGACUCGUGUGACAUCUUUCCACAAUGAUGGAUGGAAAGAGGGCGAGACAGAGGGCAACAUGACAGAAGAACUGAUGACAGAAGAAAGCAUUGCAGCACAGGAACUGAGGGCAAGAGAAGCUUACAUCAAGGCUCUGCAAGAAAAUCAGGCUCUCCUCUCGUCGGGAAUGAGUCCAACAUCGCCUGAAGUUGUGAAGUCUCAACAGAUCUUGCAGGAACGGUUUGCAAAGAUUGAGUAUUGGGAACGAAUGAGGGAAGAAUUCAAUGCCGGUCCACAAGCCGAGACGCCAAGAGUGCUGAGCGGAACGUCUCUUGCAUCCCCUAAGAGCAUCUCCGCUGUACCCCCUGCUCUGAGUGGCGAUCCUCAGGAUGUUUGUUAUGUUGGCGAGAAAGAGCUGAAGGCAAGAGAAACAUACAUCAAGGCGAUGAGACAGCACCAGGAACUCGUAAGUGCAAAUGUGAAGCCCGACUCUCCUGAGUGGAUCAAGUCAGAAAAGGCAAAGGAGGAGUGCUUGGCGAACCUGCAAUUCUGGGAGAAUCUGAACAGUGAAGUCGAAAUUCCGGUGUUUGAGAAAAGCGGAGUUACCAUAUCACGUACUUCAUCACCGAAGGCCGUCUACCGUGUUUCUCAGGAAAAUAAAGACGACAGACAUCAUACUGCCCCGAUGCUCGAGUCUCUAGUCCUGGCUGCAAGGGACAAGCUGUUCAAGGGAACGCUGAGUUUUGACACUACAUUUUCAUCCAAAAAAUCCCCCGUUGCAUCUGCGAAGAAGUCCACAUCGACCAAUGGAGUGGCUGCCUCAUUGGAGAAGCUUCAUGCGCCCUGCCAUUCCUGCCAGGAAGAUGGAUGCGAUGGAUGGGCAAGCACCUUUGACACUGUGUGCGUAGAUGUUCUCCCAUUCUGCUACGAGCCAGGCUGGGUUCAAAACUGUGGUGUCAACCAGGCGCCAAGCUGUGGUGUCAACCAGGCGCAUGGCAAAUCGAGCGAAGGAGUAGAAACUAAAAAGAAACAGAAAACAUCGUCGAAGAAGGGGGCCGCCGACAAGAAGCAAGGAACGGCGACCAAGUCCACAAAGCAGAAGUCGCAUUCGGAAAGAUUGGUCAUAGAUCCCAGCUACUGUUGUGGAUCUGAUCAAGCCAUUCAAGACAAGGACCAGCCUGAUCCGAUGUGCACAAUCGAAUACCAAGCCAAGGAAAUUCUUGGUCAUUUGAACUUGAAUGAUUCAUCUGGAUCUGUUGGAGGCAGUGAUGCAUCACCGCGAAGAGUUGUCGAGCCCACCCCUGGUAACGAGGAAGCAGAAGCACGGGGUGGUGGCAACAUCUCGACGCAGGCAGAGUUUUGAAGCUGUUGGAGCCCAAGAAAUCAACUAUGGAUUGUAGUUCAUAACUUUUGUGUCAUGUGUUUGUGGGGAGUCGUAUACAUACCAAUGGGCUAUAAGAACCAACCUUCACUCCAAGCCAGUUGACAAGCAUCUACUCACGCCGAACAUAGGUCACGAUCCCUUGUGCGAAUCAGUCCUCUCGUUUUUCCUGCUGU